ACGUGCGAGUUCGCAACGAGUAACGGUUAGUACGCACCACAAAAAAAAACAAAAUUAUAUAGUGCCUUUCGGCAGGAGUUGUGUUUUCAAUACAGUGCUACAAUAAGUGACUAAGCAGAGCACGAGCGAAAUACCUGCAGUAUAGUGUGUCCAUCAUAUAUUCCAUAAUAAAUAACAAUCAAAUUUUGUAACAGCAACUAUAUUGCAGAUCAACUGGAUAUAUAUAUACAUAUAAAGUGUAAUUGCGUCGAAGCUGCAUAGAAAUCAUGUUGCCGCCGCGAUUGCUGAGAAUUGCCUUUGUGAUAUGUCUGCUGAUUGUCUUGCUCUCAACCUCCACAGACAGUGCACAGACCAAGACCCGUCGACGUUUGCGACGUCCAUCUACUCUCAGUAGUUCCCGUAGCGAUUCGCUGUCCGCCAAGAAGUCUACGGAAGCGCCUGUGGCUGAGAAGCGCAUCGAUCAGGAGCCCGCAUCCACAACAACUGUGAGCAGAACUCGUCUACGCUCCAAGUCCAAGCUACGCGGUGGCGCUGCAGCAGCAGCUGCUGGUGGAACAGCUCUCGUAGCCAGCGGUUCAUCGCUCAAGGGCAAAAAGACAAAAGUGGACGAUGGCACGCCGAAGAUCGUUUGCUACUACACGAAUUGGUCGCAAUAUCGUGUCAAAAUUGGCAAAUUUGUGCCCGAGGAUAUACCCGCCGAUCUGUGCACGCACAUUAUCUUCGCCUUUGGCUGGCUGAAGAAGGGCAAGCUGAGCUCCUACGAGUCGAACGAUGAGACCAAGGACAAUGUGCCCGGACUCUACGAGCGCAUGAUGAAUCUGCGCAAGGCUAAUCCCAAGCUGAAGAUUCUGCUGGCCAUUGGCGGCUGGUCGUUCGGCACGCAAAAGUUCAAGGACAUGUCCGCCACGCGCUACACGCGUCAGACUUUCGUCUAUUCGGCCAUACCCUUCCUGCGUAAGCGCGGCUUUGAUGGCUUGGACAUGGAUUGGGAGUACCCCAAGGGCUCGGAGGAUAAGAAGAACUUUGUGCUGUUGCUGAAGGAGCUGCGCGAGGCUUUCGAAGCUGAGGCCCAGGAGUUGAAGCAGCCACGUCUGCUGCUCUCGGCCGCUGUGCCUGUUGGACCCGACAAUAUCCGUGGUGGAUAUGAUGUGCCCGCUAUUGCCAGCUAUCUGGACUUUAUCAAUCUGAUGGCCUACGAUUUCCACGGCAAAUGGGAGCGCGAAACGGGACACAAUGCUCCACUAUAUGCCCCCUCUACAGAUUCGGAGUGGCGCAAACAGCUUUCCGUGGAUAAUGCCGCCAAUCUGUGGGUCAAAAUGGGCGCACCCAAGGAGAAGUUGAUCAUUGGCAUGCCCACCUAUGGACGUUCCUUCACGCUGGCCAACACGGAGAAACAUGGGCCCAAUGCACCGGCUACGGGCGGCGGGCGUGAGGGCGUCUACACCAAGGAGAGCGGUUUCUUGGCCUACUACGAGAUCUGCGAGAUGCUGUUGAACGGCGCCGUCUACGUCUGGGAUGACGAGAUGAAGGUGCCCUACAUGGUCGAUGGUGAUCAGUGGGUGGGCUUCGAUGAUGAGCGCGCGAUCAGAAAUAAAAUGCAAUGGAUCAAAACGAACGGCUUUGGCGGCGCCAUGGUCUGGACCGUCGAUAUGGACGACUUCAAGGGCGAUGUGUGCGGUGGCAAUGUCAAGUACCCAUUGAUUGGAGCUAUGCGCGAGGAGCUGCUGGGCAUAUCGCGUGGCAAGGAGGCCAAGGAUGUCAACUGGACGGCCGUUGCAGCCACAUUUGAAGACAUCGAAGAGAAACCCGAACCCAUUCAAAUUUCUGUUGAUGAAAUCCUCAAGAAGGUGCGCAAGCCUCAUGUGCAAAAGAAGCAACGCAUCAAGUCGGGUGCCAAUGCCAUCGAACAGAACUCUCGUCCCGCUCAGGUCUUCUGCUAUUUGACCAGCUGGUCCGCUAAGCGCCCAGGCGCAGGCAAAUUCGAGCCAUCUCACAUCGAUCCCAAGCUCUGCACACACAUUGUCUACGCAUUCGCCACCCUGCAGGAAUAUAAGCUGACAGAGGCCACGGACGACGAUCCGGAGAACUAUGAGAGUGUGAUUGCCUUGCGCGAUUCAAAUCCGGAUCUGCAAAUUCUGCUGGCCAUUGGCGGCUGGGCUUUCGGCUCCACACCCUUCAAGGAGCUCACCUCGAACGUGUUCCGCAUGAACCAGUUCGUCUACGAAGCCAUUGACUUUUUGAGGGACUACAAAUUUAAUGGAUUGGACGUGGAUUGGGAAUAUCCUCGCGGUGCCGAGGAUCGUGUGGCUUAUGUGAAUCUGCUCCGGGAAUUGCGUGUUGCCUUCGAAGGCGAGGCGAAAUCUUCAGGUCUGCCACGCCUACUGCUCACAGCUGCAGUGCCCGCCUCCUUUGAGGCAAUCGCCGCCGGCUACGAUGUGCCAGAGAUAUCGAAAUAUCUGGACUUUAUCAAUGUGAUGACCUACGACUUCCAUGGCCAAUGGGAACGCACCGUGGGACACAAUUCGCCGCUCUUUGCCUUGGAAUCAGCGACGGGCUAUCAGAAGAAAUUGACCGUGGACUACAGCGCACGCGAGUGGGUCAAACAGGGCGCUCCCAAGGAGAAGCUGCUCAUUGGCAUGCCCACCUAUGGCCGGAGCUUCGAGCUGGUCAAUGAGACACAAUUCGAUAUCGGUUCGCCCUCUUCGGGUGGCGGCAAGGCAGGAAAAUUCACCAACGAGGCUGGCUUCCUUAGCUACUAUGAGGUCUGCUCCUUCCUAGCGGCGGAUAAUACUACGCUGGUCUGGGACUCCGAGCAGCAGGUGCCCUUCGCCUACAGAGGCAACCAAUGGGUGGGCUUCGAUGAUGAGCGCUCGCUGAAAACCAAGACGGAAUGGCUGAAGGAGCAAGGCUUCGGCGGCAUCAUGGUCUGGUCCAUAGAUAUGGAUGAUUUCUCGGGACGCUGCGGCAAUGGCAAAUAUCCGUUGCUAAACGCGCUCAACGACGAGCUGAAGGACUACAAGGUGACACUCGAAUAUGAUGGGCCCUACGAGUCUCAUGGUCCACGCGGCGCCUAUACCACCAAGGAUCCUCAUGAUGUGACCUGCGCGGAGGAGGAGGGACACAUUAGCUACCACAAGGAUUGGGCCGAUUGCACGCAUUACUAUAUGUGCGAGGGAGAGCGCAAGCAUCACAUGCCAUGUCCUGCCAAUUUGGUCUUCAAUCCACAGGAGAACGUUUGCGACUGGCCGGAGAAUGUUGAAGGCUGUCACGCCCCCACGGACGCGCCAGCCUAAGCAGCCGCACAGAGGGAUUUUUGAAUAAGGAAGAAGCUCUGCUCGGGCUGCGCAUUGGCCUAUGCAAGUUGUUAAUACAUACAUACAUUAUUAAAUGAUGAUAGAUCGCCUUCGACAACUACCCCGCCCUUCGCCCUCCGCCCCAUAAAUUUAAGUGCAAAUUGCCACACGCCUGUCCCCUGUCGUCUCCCCUGUACCCUAACUAACGCGAAAAAUACUCAAAACAUUUGCUCAAAUUCUGAAGCUGAAUUUUUUGUACUAAAUAUAAGAUUUAAUUAAAGCUUAAGUUUAAGUAGUUUAUAUGACGAAGUAGCUAAAAAGAGAAUUGCACAACUAUGUAGAAAUGAAAACACACA